UUUUUAACAUUAUUUUGUGUGAGAGGAGUAACAAGAGUCUAGGUUAAGCUCUCAACUCUUCACUCCUUAACUCAAGAAAUUUUACAAAUAUGCAACGAGAGGAGGAGGAACGCGUUGGUUCAGGUGCAGUCGCUCCUGAAGGCAGCGUCGUGAACUGUAGCGCCCCAGAGAAAGAUCACAGUGGGUGUGAAUCAAUAAAAGAAGACAGUGUGAUUGAAGAUGUUGCAAACAGUUCCAAUAGUCUUCCACCACCUGAGGAGAUGAUUGUUUUGGACACUACCGCUGAAGAUUGUCCUGAUGAACCAGACAAAACAACACCAGAUGAAUCAAUAAAAGAAGACAGUGUGAAUGAAGAUGUUGCAAACAGUUCCAAUAGUUUUCCACCUCCUGAGGAGAUGAUUGUUUUGGACACAACUGCUGAAGGUUGUCCUGAUGAACAAGACAAGGCAACACCAGAUGAAUCAAUAAAAGAAGAUAGUGUGAUUGAAGAUGUUGCAAACAGUUCCAAUAAUCUUCCACCACCCGAGGAGAUGAUUGUUUUGGACACUACCGCUGAAGAUUGUCCUGAUGAACCAGACAAAACAACACCAGAUGAAUCCAUAAAAGAAGACAGUGUGAAUGAAGAUGUUGCAAACAGUUCCAAUAGUUUUUCAUUUCCUGAGGAGAUGAUUGUUUUGGACACUACCCCUGAAGGUUGUCCUGAUGAACAAGACAAGGCAACACCAGAUGAAUUUGUCAUGCCAGAAGGAGUAUGUCUGGACACAGAUGGAGAUGAGAUUAGCAUUUUGGAGACUGUUGAACAUGAGCCUCAAGCAGCACUGGAUGUUGUGCCCUCGUAUGAAACGGACUUCGCUGGUGUUCUCUCUGACAUAGAGUACAGCAUGCUAACAGGCAAGAAGAUUAAAGAACCACGACAAAAGAAGAACUGUUUUAACUGUUUAGGAGAUCACAAUCUAUCAGAAUGUAAAGAGCGGCAUGAUUUAGGAAAAAUUGCUGAAAAUCGGAGGAAGCUCAUAAACUUCCGAGUAUCUGCUGUGAGAUAUCAUGAAGACACUGAGAACAAGUAUGGACACUACCAGCCAGGAAAGAUUAGUGAAAACCUCCGACAUGCUUUAGGACUUAAACCAAAUCAGUUGCCUCUGUUUAUCUACCGCAUGCGAGUGUUAGGUUAUCCACCCGGAUGGCUUUUGGAUGCAGAAGUACAUAAAGCAAAUGUGAGGAUGUUUGAUGCUUCAGGAGAGAGUGUUUCCCAUCCAGAUACAGAGGACGGUGAAGCUGAACCCAACUUAGUUAAAUACAAGCCAGAGAGACUUGUCAGUUUUCCUGGAUUCAAUGAUCCUGUUCCCCAAGGUGUAAGAGAUGAAUAUCAGGAGUACAGCUUCCCUCCCCUGCAACCCUGUCAUCAAAGAAGUGAGUUUUUGAGGUAUAUGAACAUGAACAAGGCCGAGGCAUAUAAAAAAAAGAAGCUGAAGGGCUCAGAGCUGAGGAGUAAAAGUCUUAAUGCAAGUUUAGCUUCUGCAGGAGAGAUGGAAGUUGAUGUGGAAUCUGAAGCCAACAAAUUAACAGACAUAGAGUUCAACCCUCCACUGCCUGAGGAGCCGUUGCCUCCGCCUCCUCCCCUGGACGCCCCUCCACCACCACCACCACAACCACAGAAGAGACCUUACGAUGUAGAAGAUGGAGAAAUCAGUGAAGACUCUCAGGCUUCUUUAGGUGAUUUAGAGGCCAAAAGACUAAAGAUAUUGAGUGAAUUGGAAGAUGCAUCAUCAUCUCAGGGUGCAGAUGUGCAGGAGGAAAAGAAGAAAAAGGAAAAUAUUGUUAAAAGUGUGGAAAUUAAUAAAACUGAAUACGUGGCUGAAAAUUCAGAAGACAGCAAAAUGUCAAGUACUUCUGCCGCAGAUUCGAAUCACUCGGAGAAUUCCAGCACUGACGUGGGCGAGAGCACGUCAAAACAGAAACGCCAUCACCGAUCACAUUCCAAGGGCUUCAGGUUAGGAGUUGUCAUUCCCGAUUCUUGUACAACUUAUAAAACUCUCCCAGAUUCAGUUAAAUGGACAGUCGACGUAUCUGAUCACAUCGUAUUUGAAAAUUUGCCCGAUGCUCUUGGAACCUGGAAUAAGAUGAAGGGACUUAUGAAUAAUGUGAAGAAGCGAAUGACCGAGUUACACGCUGAUGAGGAUGAUUAGAUGUAAUACUGUACGCAUUAAGAGUUAUGCUAUUUUGGCCUUUAUCUUUUGGGGAAUACAAAUGUGUAAUACGGAUCAAAUUAAACCAAACAAUGUUUCUUGAGUCAAACCUACCAGGGUGUGGCAGCAAGUUGUGUGUCAAGUGGCUCAGUAGCAAUAUGAGGUUCCAGGAUCAAACUCUCACUUAAUACAGUUUCCAGUUUGUGUAUUUUACGUACAUUAUUAUAAAUAUCUCAUGACCGAUUCCCUCCCAUAGGCCAGUUUAAAGAAGAAAAAAUUAUUUGGUUCUCAGAUACAGGUAAUCUAUUUUCUUAAAGCAGUUAAAGAGUACAAUUAUAUUUUCUAAAAACUUUUAUUAUAUACAGUAUACCAGUUCCUUUUAUUUCUUUCAAGAAUAUUUGACAAACAAGAUUUGGAGUUACAGUCUCUCCUCGACUUACGACAGGGUUCCGUCCCGAUGAUCAGGUCGUAAGUCGAAAAGGCAAAAAUAAUACAUGGAAAUUCUAAAAUGGGUGUCUCUUUGUCUUCUCAGUACCACGAGAACUCUCACUUUUACGCUUGCCAGCCAUUUUAAAGGGAAUUGCAAAAAAAAAAUUUGUCAGUACACAGCGCUAUCACUAACGUUGGGACUCGAAAAUACGUAAUGCGAAAAAUGUUUUAUACGGCCCUGGCCGUCAUAUGUCCGGGUUGUCGUAAGUCGAAUAUGUUGUAAGUUGAGGAGAGACUGUAUUUGAGUUGCAUUUCUGAAUACACUAAAAAGAACUUUAGUAUUGUGUAAUGUGUCAAUAUCAUAAUAAACACUUGUUCUUUUAUUACGAUCUGAUUCAUAACAGUAAUUCUAACAUUGGCCACGUUGAACUAACUAAUUUAACACCAAACUUGACAAAAAAUAAAUGGGGAGAAAUUCAAAUUAAUAUAAAUAUGGAUUUGAUAUUGAUUUUUGGAAGUUAUAACAAGAGUCGGGUAGCAGGUGUUGUGGCUGUGUGGGAGAACCAAACUGUUUUACACUUUAAUAGUUUAUGAAGACGUCUUGGAUGAUAAGCAUAAACUUCUUCACUACAGGAUGCCGUUUGUAAUGUUAUUUAGGGUAAUGGCAGAUGACUUUAUUCAGCACAGACUUACCCUGUACAUAAAGGGUGAAGGCAGUUUUAAUGUAGGUUAUGGUGUUAAGUAUAGUAAACCAAAACAUUGUGAGUUUUAGAGUUCGGUGUAAAAGAGAAAAUUGCUGUAGGUUAUUUUACUAUUAUAGAGUUCCUUUCAUGUGUAAUUUUAUCUCUUUAUUUGCAACUAUCUCUUAUAUCCUUAAAUAAAGUGAAUUAUAUUAUUUAAUAUGUUACUGAAAAAUGAGUUAUGAAAAAAUAUUUUCAUAUAGUAUGAUUAAUCAUACUACAUUAUGUUGCUUUCAUCAAUUGAUGAUUUCAAUCAGUCAGUUUAUUGUGAGUAUAUCAAGAAAUAUGUAUUGUUUCAUAUGGAUAUUAAUAAAUUGUAAGUAAAUACACUUUUUCUUCAACAA